AAUUAAUUUACAAGAGCAAAAUGCCGGUCGAAUUGCCUGUUGAUAUGUUAAAUAAACCUUUGUCGGAGAUUGUUUUCAGAAGAAAAAAUAAUGCUUUAUUCAAGAAAUUAGCUCGAAAGACUCAUUUCAAUGUGAGAGAAGUCGAAGCGUUAGCUGUUAUACAUAGAAAAAUAACACAAACUUUGGGUCCUAUGACAAGAUCGGUAUUUAGAGAUGUUUUGCAUUCUGGUUUGGAUUUUACUGAAAACAUUCGGCAUCUAUAUAUCGACAGAAUUUUCUCUGCAUUUGACAAGAAGAACGUGUUGCAAAUUCAUCUGGAACAGUGGAUUGAAGGGCUCUCCACAAUUCUUCGUGGCAAUCUGAAUGAAAAGAUACAUUUUGCUUUUAGUAUAUAUGAUUUUAUGCAUACGAACAAAUUAAAGAAAGAGCAAAUAUUUCCAUCAAUGCGAGGUUGUUUGAUCAAACUGCAAACAGACGAAGAUCCCGAUGAAGCUGUGAAGGAUUUGAUUGAUUCACUGUUGAAAAAGCUCGACGUCGAUCGCGACGGUGUAAUAUCCGAAGAAGAAUUUUACAGGGCCGUAAAAGAGAGAAAUCUACUGUUGCUAGAAUCUUUGGGACCGGUGUUCCCAUCUAGAGUAGCGCGACGAACAUUUCUGAGCACAUUUACGGAUCGCCUUGGACGAUUUUGAUUUUCCACUGUUUGGACUAUAUUGUCAGGAACUAUUCAAGCUAGAAAACCCAAAAGUGCAUCUCGAUGCAGCAGACAAGCAAACGCGUCAAAUCAGACAGAAAAAUCCUCCUGAACGAGUGACGCUCCAAUAAAUUUUCAAGACCAUCGACGCAACGUACGGCUUUUACGAUUCACCGAACGAUGGCAAUUGACUCGUUCGUUUUCUUCGCAAACAAUAGCUAAUGGACCGCGAUAAUGCCACAUCCUAAUCGCAUCAAGCUGCAUCCGCGAUACGAUCACCACGGGCGACUUGAAUCGAUCAUUUAAUGAACCCUCGCGAUCGUCAUAAAUCUUAUUACUAUGAUCAACGUAAAUAGAUGAUCGAUAUCCAUAUAUC